AUGGUUGGUGCAAAGCCAUAUAGAUCUCCUUGUCCACCAGGCACUAAACUAAGUGCUAAAGAUGGUGAGCUAUCACAAAAUCCAACAGAGUACAGGUCACUUGUUGGAGCUCUACAAUACUUAACUUGGACUUACAACUAUUUCUGGAUAUACGAUGCUGACUGGGGUGGGGAUCCUGAUACAAGCAGAUCAACAAGUGGAUUUUGUCUCUGUUUUAGUAAUAAUCCUAUAUCUUGGUCUGCUAAGAAGCAGCCUACUAUUUCUAGAAGCUCAACAGAAGCUGAAUACAAGUGCUUAACUACUACUACUGCUGAAAUUCUAUGA